UAAGUAUUUACAGCUGUUCUUUGAACAACUCAACAGUAAUUUGUAGCUUCUUCCAAGGGGAAAUAGUUGUAUUCUGCUCUUUAAGUAGAAGAGAAUAAGCAUUCCUGUCUACUAUGGCUGAUUUAACAGGAGCCGAUAUAGAAAACAUUAAUGAGGUAUGGAGCAAAAUAUAUGCGAAUCCAGAAGAAUCGGGGAGAACAGUUGUUAUCAGCCUAUUUUUGACAUAUCCCCAGACAAAAAUAUAUUUCAAGAAUUUGAAAAAUAUUUCCACACUGCAAGAGAUGCAAGACAAUGCUGGAAUUCGGGCUCAUGGAAAGAGAGUUAUGGGAGCCUUAAACCAUGUUAUUGAGAACUUAAAGGACUGGGACGCUGUGUGCAGUGCUUUAUCUCACUUAGCAAAAAGGCAUCAAGAUGUUCACAAGGUUGAAGUUAACAACUUUGAGUUGCUGUUUCUGGUUAUAAUAAGUGUCUUCAAAGAAGCCCUUGGAUCAGGAUUUACUCCGGAGCAAAGUAAAUCUUGGGAGAAACUUUUCUCUAUAACCUACAAGUACUUAGAGAGCUGUUACGCCAACACAGAUUCCUAAUAAACUUUGUGCAAAUAAAAUAUCUCAAAAUGAAACAAACUAAACAAAAGAAACACAUAUUUUACACAACUAUGUUAAAUGCAGGAUCUCUUUUUUUCUCCUGACUAAUUAAAAACUAGAUGAUAUGAA